AUGCCAAAACAACUUGUUGCUGCGUUGCAGGUAGGUUCCUCACCAGAAGGAACAGCUGCAACAAUUAAAAAAAUAUUAUCGUAUGAGACACAAAUCAAGGAAUCAGGGACCUCGUUGGUAGUAAUUCCGGAGGCAACCGUAGGUGGGUACCCGAUCGGUUCGGAUUUUGGGGCUUACGUAGGUUAUCGUACUCCCAAGGGACGUGAAGAAUUUAAAAAAUAUUUCAAUGAAUCGAUCAUAAUAGGAAAUGGUUCAAAAUGCAAAGAGAUUAAGGCCCUUGAAGGGCUAUCCAAGAGAACUGAUGCCUCGCUGGUUGUUGGGUGCAUUGAGAGAGAUGGCUAUACUCUAUAUUGUACAAUGGUAUUCAUUGAUCCGCAGCUCGGAUAUAUUGGGAAACACAGAAAGUUGCAACCCACAGCAUCAGAAAGAUUAAUAUGGGGUCAAGGCGAUGGUUCAACUUUGACAGUAGUUGACUCAAAAGUCGGAAAGCUUGGUGGUGCAAUCUGUUGGGAAAAUACACUUCCUUUGUUAAGGCAUACAAUGUAUGCUAAGGGUGUCCAAGUGUGGUGUGCACCCACGGUUGAAGAUAUGCCAAUGUGGGAGACAAUUAUGAAAAAUAUUGCAUUUGAAGGAAGAUUAUUUGUGGUAAGUGCAGUUCAAUAUAUUCCAUCAGAUACAGAGAUGGGGUUUGCAGUUUCGAUCGAAGGAUCUGAGGGUGUUAGAAACCUACCUGGAUUGGAGCCAUCUAGUGAACCAUUUAUCAAAGGAGGUAGUAUUAUAAUUGACCCAUUUGGUAAGGUUUUAGCAGGUCCUCUACAUGGACAAGAAGGUCUCUUAGUCGCAGAGAUCGAUCUAGAUCUUAUAGUUGAGGGUAAGUACGAUUUAGAUGUUGUUGGUCACUAUAGUCGUGGAGAUAUUUUCCAGUUGACCGUCAAUGAACGAGCAAACGAUGUCAAAUUUGUCUCACGCAAAUGA